GAGUAGAUGCUGCUGCAAAACUGCAGCUCCGGGAGAUGACAGAACCGACGGUCUUCCCUACCGAUCAAGAGACCAAGCAGCCUGCGCUGCACAUUUGAAUAUGACAUAAUGUGCUAGAACGGACACACUACAACAUUUAAAAACCUCUGAUCUGAAGUUCGUCCACUCUGUGACAUUGUAAGGUCUCGGGGUGCCUGUGUGUGAGUGACCAUAUGUGAGUGUGUGUGUGUGUGUGUGUGUGUGUCAGCGUCAGCAGCAGUCGUGAUGGCGUCGGUGAGCGUGACGUUGGAGAACCAGCUCCACAGCGCUCAGAAGAACCUGCUGUUCCUCCAACAGGACCACGCCAACACUCUCAAAGGCCUGCACGCUGAGAUACGCCGCCUACAGCAGCACUGCUCUGACCUGACAUAUGAGCUGACAGUGAAGAGCUCAGAUCCAACUGACAGCAGCGAGGCGCGAUGCCGCGCUCUGCAUGCGCGCUGCGAGGAGCUGGAGGCGCAGCUGAAGGAGAAGGAGGAGGAGAACUGCGAGCUGCUGCGCGAGCUGGAGCAGAAGACGGCCAUGAUCUCGGUGCUGGAGGAGACGCUGCGCGAGCGCGAGAAGAAGUACCUGGACGAGCUCAAGCUCAAGAGCCAGCGGCUGGCCGUGCUGUCGGGCGAGCUGGAGCAGCGGGCCAGCACCAUCGCCUACCUCACCUCGCAGCUGCACGCCACCAAGCGCCGCCUGCUGGCCGGGGGCACGCCGUCCGCCGAGGGCGCUAACGUCGCCGCUAACGUAGCCGCUAACGCCGCCGCGGUCGCUCCGGGAGGAGGGGGGGCCAGCGUCCCCCCGAGCCCCUCCUCCUCGUCCUCCUCCCCGGCCUAUCGGCCGGCGCCGCCGUCCCAGCCGCAGCCCCCGGACACGCCCACGCGCCGGCGCAUGCGCAAGAGCCUGUCGCAGCCGCUGCACGCCGAGUGGGCCGAGCUGUACCGGCAGGGCGCGGGGCCCGAGGGCCGCAGGCUGGUGCUGCGGGAGGCGCUGGAGGCCAUGCCCGACCCCGCGCCCUUCCUGCAGCCGCGCGGCGCCGCCGCCGCCGUCGCCGAGCCCCCCUCCCUGCACCGGAGCCGGCCCGCCGUCAUCCCCCCCAUCGCCUCCGGCGAGCGCGGCGGCAGCAGCGAGCCCAGCGGGGCGGAGUCGGGCUCGGCCGCCACGCCCACGGGCGGCACUCCCACCCGCCUGCCCGCCGUGCCCUCCGCCGCCGCCUUCAGCCCCCGGGGCAGCCCUGCCCGCCACCAGAGGGCUCACGGCGGUGCCAGUGGUGGUGGUGGUGCCCAUGUCGGGGUGGCGCACCGUAUUGCCCACUCCCCCCAGCCAGGCUCCCCCGGUGGUGGCAGUGGUGGCAGUGCCCAGCCGCACCCCCCCUCGCGCCCCGUCCACGCCGAGCUGCAGACGCUGGCGGUAGACCAGGUCAACGGCGGUGCCAAGGUGGUGCGCAAGCGCUCGGGCACGGACAGAACUGUGUAACGCUCGCUCGCUCUCUCUCUCUCUCUCUCUCUCUCUCUCUCUCUCUCUCUCUCUCUCUCUCUCUCUCUCUCUCUCUCUCUCGCUCUGUCACCCACUCUCGUUCUCUCUCGUAGACAUCACUCACUCAUUCACUGACUCACACAAAUACACUCUCUGCCACACACACACACACACACACACACACACACACACACACACAUAUUCGCAUUCGCACACGCUCUUAUUCAGCUCUCAUCCUAGUGCUGCUUCAUCGUGCCUUCUCCACCUUUGAACUGAUGGUCUGAGGGACAGGAUGGUCAAAGUCCAGCUGUCCAUCUCUCUGUUGACCCUCCCCAGCCAGCUCUGCAUUAGAUACAUGUAGAAGUAGAAACAUCGCUAACAUCAACCCAGGACCCAUGUAACGAACACACACACACUCAUACACACAACCCCACUGCACUCAGAGAGAGGCACAGAAUGGAGAGAGGGAGGAAGAAAAGACUGAUAAUCACAGAGUGGGGGAAGAAGUGAGUGAUAGAGUGGCGGCUGAGAGAGAGAGAAAGAGAGAGAGAAGAAAGAUGAAGUGUGUGUGGACAAGAGAAGAGAAGACGAAGAGACGUCUACGGAACAACAAGCUGCUUUUGAUGCAACCCUGCAAGGAAGUAAACGACAACAAAACAAGCAACUAGAUAAAUAAAUAAAAUGAAAUAAAAUAAAAUGAGACUGUGAGAAGUGGGGAAAAUGAAGACAGAUUAUUCACGCUCAUCUUUAAGAAUCUGCUGUUCUUCUGUUCUGUCCAUCAUAGAAAGGUCCAUCUGUAUGCAUGCCAAACUAGCCGCUUUGCUUUCUGAUGCGCUAGGCCUGCUGAGCAGCCAGACUGAACAGGACGCCUCAUGUCUUUAUUACUGCUCACUUAUUUAACCUCUUCUGUUCAUGUUUACAGUGUAUGUCACUUUUCUGUCAUCAAGGUGCGCGCACACACAUACACACACACACACUCACACACACAGAGACAGACAGACACACACACACACACACACACAGAAACACUCUGCUCUCUCUGCCAAACGUAUCAUUGCCUGCAGUUCACCAUAUAUCCACACAUACGUAUGUAGCCUAUUUACUAUAUAACAGCUAUAACAUUGCCCACUUAGCAGCCGACUCCAAAACGCGUAUGGCCCGUGUCUGACUCAGGAUCGCCCACUACUGUCAGGUCGGUGUAACAGCUCUCCUCCUCUCCAUCAGCUCAUACUGGAGUGGGAUGUCGUAACUCAACCUGUUGUCAGGUCUUGUCGGUCAGAAACAUCCUCGUCCAGUUACUGAACACUCACACAGCUCUCCGUGUGGGGCAGUCUGUGAUUGGUCCUCUGGUAGUUGUACAAGCCUCGCCUUCUGUCCUUCUUUCUGUCAGAUACUCGUCUUUCAGAGACGCUGGAACACAGUUGGCUCUUCUUGUGUUUCUGCGCACAUAGAGAUUGGUACACUAGCAGACAAACUCCUAACCUGCUCUGUCUUUCAGGAAGAGUGGCAGGAACACAUAGAUUGGUCUUCUCACCCAGACAAACUCACAACUCAGUCUUUCAGGAACAUAUCCUAGAACCUUGCAGCUUUGCUGUCUGCGUAGGCGGCAUCAACAGGUCCUCCGCCAGACCAAACUCAUGCCACGCGUACUGUACUGUAGUUGUUGGCGUAGUGUGGUGGUCUGCGCUGCGUAGAGGGCGUAGAUCGCCCAGGCCUGUGGUAGACGGACGCGAGGCGCAUUACUGUGUAGUGAAGCACUGUUUGGUCCUCCAUCACAUAGGGUGCCUCUCAUUCGUCUUUUUAUCUAUCCUCCCUUCCUUCCUCGGUCCUCGUUCCAGCUGAUCUGCAUAAAGAAUGAUGGGGCGGCAACAAUGGGAUAGUCUAUCCAGUGUUAGUUAUAGAUCAGUGGGAACGAGCCUGGAGGACCGAGCAUCGAGGAGGGAUGUUGAGAGGCACCCAUAGACUCACGCACUGUGCAGGAGGCCUCCGCCUCGUCUAAACACAAACACAAACACAAACAAAAACAAACAAUAGUAAAGCUAAUAAUUAAAAGCAUUUCUUGGGGGUGACAGACUCCUUGUGGUUCUUUGAUCUUUAACCGAUAUAAACUGAUAACUCUAUAUAAUAAGCAUUUUGUGUAUUUGAAAAUCUUUGUAUUUUUUAUUUAUCAUGUGCAAACAUUUUAUUUAAGACCGAAUGUAAAGUAAAUAUAAAAGCUAAAGGAACGGAA